GCGUGUCUCCGAGUCAUGCAUAUAAUAGCGCGACGAGCCGCGAUAGGCUUCUGCUCUCCGCUCCUCCUCGGCUCAGUGCGCACCAGCAGACCCACCGGCUGCCGCGGGCUCCCCACCAUGGCCCAACGUUCCCCUCCAUCAGAUGUGUUCAACAAGCCCAAGAUAGAGCUGCAUGUUCAUCUGGAUGGAGCCAUCAGGGUGGAGACCAUUCUUGAUGUUGCCAAGAGACGAGGCAUCACUCUGCCGGCGGACACGGCCGAGGGAAUGAAGGACAAGAUCAUCCUUUGCGAGCCAGCCACCCUCACAGGGUUCUUGGAGAAAUUCAACGAGUACAUGCACGUGAUUGCUGGCGACAGAGAUGCCAUUAAGAGGAUCGCCUAUGAGUUUGUUGAGGACAAAGCCAAGGAAGGAGUCAUUUACGUUGAGGUCAGAUACAGCCCACAUUUCCUAGCCAACUGUGAUGUGGAACCCAUUCCUUGGAACCAGGAAAGAGGAGACUUGAGCCCAGAUGAGGUGGUGCGUCUGGUAAACGAGGGCCUCAGCGAGGGGGAGAGGGCCUUCAAUAUCAAAGCCAGGUCCAUUCUAUGCUGCAUGCGCCACAUGCCAAGCUGGUCCAUGGACGUUGUGGAGCUGUGUAAGAAGUAUCAAAACAACGGGGUGGUGGCCAUCGACCUGGCAGGUGACGAGUCGCUCAACUGUGAAGCCUGCCCAGACCACCAGAGGGCCUAUGAGGAGGCCGUCCGCUGUGGGAUCCACCGCACGGUGCACGCAGGAGAGGUCGGCCCGCCGUCGGUGGUAAAGGAGGCUGUAGAAGUGCUGAAAGCUGAACGUGUCGGUCAUGGCUACAGAACCCUGGAGGACCAAGUCCUGUACCAAAAACUGCUAAAUGAAAAUAUGCACUUUGAGAUCUGCCCCAUUUCCAGUAAGCUGACAGGUGCCUGCAACCCAGACUUUACCAUACAUCCCGUGAUCACGUUCAGUAGAGACAAGGCCAACUUCUCCCUGAACACAGAUGACCCUCUGAUCUUCAACUCCGACCUGCUGCUCGACUACAGCAUUGUGCACGAACACAUGGGAUUCACGGAGGAGGAAUUCAAACGGCUGAACAUCAACUCUGCAAAGUCUUGCUUCCUUCCAGACGAGGAGAAGAAAGAGCUCCUCCACCAACUGCACCAGGCCUACGGGAUGGUACAGAGCACCGCCUUUUAAGACAUCGCUCUGACCUCUUAAUCAACCCCUACCGACACAAAGGAAUGUGCUUUUAUUCAAUUUAUGAAAGCCCACAUGAGGCCUACAGAGCAUCAGAUAAGCUGGUUAUCACAUGACUGUGUUACCUCAUGCAUCAGCAGUAUGCUUUCCAUCAGUUUUCAUCUCAGUACUUGCAUACCUCCGCUCUUCGUCGUGUAGGGGUGCGUUUAAUUGCAUACGAGGCUACAUUCCACCGAACGGUGCAAGAAACAUCCAAGGGUUGUCGUUUCAAACGAAGCUUAUUUCAUUAUAUCCAAGAGCUGCGUACUUCGAGUUUACAUUGUUUUUGUUGAAAAGACAAGCUUUAAAUGCGCAAUUAUUCUAUAGUCAUAAAUAUACAGCUUAUCAGCCUAUAGAAGCCAUCUUAUUUGUUGUUUACAUUGCUUACAGAUAUAGCACGGCGCGAAUACUGAUUGGUUUAAGAGCAAAAGAAGGGAAUCCACGCACACAAGGAGCCAAUGUGCUUUUUGCUCUCCAUGUGAAACACACCCGGGGGCCAGAUGCAUAAAAGAUUUAUGAAGAUGGAUGCAGGCAUAGUUUUCUAUACUGAAAAAGUAAUUACUAGGCAAUGGGAAAUGUAAUGCAUGUGCAUAAGCCUUAUUCCCACUGCCACCUUUAACCCCUGAAAGGAUGCAGUCUCGUUCCUCUCCAUAAAUAACAUUGUCUAAUAAUAUUUAAUGAUUAAUAAAUGAAAAAAGAGAAUCCAAAGGUAAAUCAGGUAGCUUGUAAAAUAAAAAAAAGGUGCCAAACUGGAAUAAAAUACAUUUUAAUUUCAGAGCAAACAAUCCUCCUGACGUAAAAGAAUAUGGUUGAAUUAAUAACGAUAGGCCGAGGUGCAUCUGGACCUAAAUCCCUGCUUUAUCUGCAUCCUAUAAACAAACGGUUUGUUUGGUCAUCCAGUUUUACUGUGAGAAUAUCAGGAAUUACAACGCCAAGAGUAGCACAGGAAGGAUGAAUCUUGUGGCAGAAAAGAUCUUGACAUAUUUAUUCUUCACUUAAUGCAGCUUUAGCAAAAGUGCUGGAACACCAAUGCAUUCAGGUGUCUGAGCGCUACGCGUUACCGCAGUGGACCAGAACUAUAAUCUAACAGGAACAUAUAACUGAUAUUAAAAAGGAAUGAAUCCUUUUACGGUAUAUUUUAUGAUAGCAUUUUCUAAUUCAUUUUAGAUUUAACUCUUUUUCUGAUUUAAUUGUUUAAGAUUAUAUUUUUUUUCUAUUUGUUAUUUAAUAUUUUUUUAUCUGAUUUUUUAUUUUUUAUUUUUUUUGCAGGAAUUUUUUUUAUUUUUUGUUAGUUUCACAUUUUCACUUCCCAAAUCCAGCAUUUGGUUUAAAUUCCUCCACAGACAUGGUGACACCAGGUUAACCAAUAUGAGUAGCAGGCUUUUUUGGACACAUUACCCCCCUGGUACAGAAUCUGAUGUGCAUGAAGGAAACUAUUUUUUUAUUCUUUUUUUCUACCCCAUGUUUCUGCAUCUGGCCCCGGGACAACAACAA